AUGCCGAGUAAAAACCAGUACCUGCGGCCCCGGCUCUGCACGCUGGAUAAAGGCGACAACGGCUACGGCUUCCACCUCCACGGGGAAAAGGGGAAAACCGGGCAGUUCAUCCGGCUAGUGGAGCCCGACAGCCCGGCUGAAUCCUCGGGGCUCCGCGCCGGCGACCGCUUGGUAUUCGUCAAUGGGGACGACGUGGAGAACGAGAGCCACCAGCAAGUCGUGAGCCGGAUCAGAGCCACUUCGGGACGGCUGGAGCUGAUCGUGGUGGACCCGGACACGGAGCAGCUGCUGAAGAAACACAACAUCAAGUGUCUGAAGGAGUACGUCAACGACGGGAUCCCGUUACCUUUCGAAGAGGAAGAGGAGAAGGACAGAGAAGAGAAGGAGGAGGAAGAGGUCAAGGGGACAGAAAAUGGAGAUGAACGGCGAUCCGAAGAAGUCGAGGCGGAGGAGGAGCGAGGUGGGGGGUCCAGGGGAAGCACACCCGUACCGGACAGUAACGGGGAGAUUCACGCGGACGUCGAAAGGAAGCUGAGCGUCAAUUCAGACAAGGAGGUGAUCCCUGAGCUACGACCACGUCUCUGUGUGAUCCGGCGAGAGGCAAACGGAUAUGGCUUCAACUUGCACAGUGAGCGGGCGCGGCCUGGCCAGUACAUCAGAGCUGUGGAUGAAAACUCUCCUGCAGAGAGGGCAGGCCUACAGCCCAAAGACAGGAUAGUACAGGUGAACGGUGUACCCGUGGAGGGCAAAACACACUCGGAGGUGGUGGCGACCAUUAAAGCCGGCGGAGACGAGGCCCGCCUGCUCGUGGUGGACCCUGCCACUGACGAUUUCUUCAAAAGAUGUCGAGUGGUCCCCACCUCGGACCAUCUGACGGGUCCACUACCGGAGCCUGGUGUCAAUGGAGGUAUGGAGGAGAAGGUGAACGGCAGAGGAGGUGAAAGGGACUCCAAGAUGUCAGUCAGCCCUUCUCCAUCCAACGCCUCAUCCAAUGCCUCACUCACAAGUCCGACCACAAGCACCCCACCUGAGGGUACGGGGACGGAGGGCUUCCCAGCUCUGAACAUGAGUCUGCAGCAGGUGAAAGAGCUGGCCCAUCAGAAACGCUCCAACAAGAGAGCCCCGGCCAUGGACUGGACCAAGAAAAACGAACUAUUCAGCAACCUAUAG